ACUGCCCGCCGCGCUCUCCCAGCGCCCGCUCCGCGGCUUCCAAUGAGACUCUUCUGGCUUCUAGUGGGCUUCUCUACUUUGUUGAAUUGUUCCUUUACUCAAAAUUGCACCAAGACACCUUGUCUGCCAAAUGCAAAGUGUGAAAUCCGCAAUGGUGUGGAAGCCUGCUACUGCAACCUGGGGUUCUCAGGAAAUGGUGUCACCAUUUGUGAAGAUGAUAAUGAAUGUGGAAAUCUAACCCAGUCCUGUGGUGAAAAUGCUAACUGCACUAACACAGAGGGAAGUUAUUAUUGUAUGUGCGCCUCUGGGUUUAGAUCCAGCAGUGACCAGGACAGGUUUAUCACUAAUGACGGAACCAUCUGCAUAGAUAUAGAUGAGUGCAGGGAGUCAGCUGUCUGUGGCGAUCAUGCUGUAUGUGAAAAUGUGAACGGCGGAUAUAACUGCUUCUGCAAGGAAGGUUAUCAGACAGCCACAGGGAAGUCUCAGUUCACACCUAAUGAUGGUUCUUACUGCCAAGAAAGUGUGGAUGCAAAUUGCCACUUGGAUAAUGCCUGCAUUGCUGCAAGUGUUAAUAAAACUUUUGAAAAAAUUGGACCCAUAAAAGAACCAAUGGCUUUGCUGCAAGAAAUCUAUAGAAAUUCUGUGACUGAGCUUUCACAGACAGAUAUAAUCACAUACAUAGAGAUAUUAGCUAAGUCAUCCCCAUUACUAAGCUCCAUGAGCAGGAACGUUUCAGCCAAGGACAUGCUUUCCAAUUCAAUUCUUACUGAAUUUGUAAAAACCAUCAAUAAUUUUGUUCAAAAGAAUACAUUUAUAACUUGGGACAAAUUGCCUACAAAUCACAGAAGAAUGCAUCUCACAAAACUGAUGCAUACUGCUGAGCAAGCCACCUUAAGAAUAUCUCAGAAUUUCCAAAAGACCACUCAGUUUGAUGUGAAUUCCACUGACGUAGCUCUCAAGGUUUUCGUUUUUGAUUCAAAUCACAUGCGGCAUACUCAUCCCCAUAUGAACGUGGACGGAGGCUAUGUAAAAAUAUUUUCCAAGAGAAAAGCUUUAUAUGAGUCAACUGGCAAGGCUGCAGUUGCAUUUUUGUGUUAUAAGAGCAUUGGCCUCCUGCUUUCCUCAUCCAACAAACUCUUACUUGAACCUCAAGAUUAUGAUCAUUCUGAAGAAAAGGAAAAAGUCAUUUCUUCAGUAAUUUCAGCCUCAAUUAGCUCAAAUCCGCCAACACUGUAUGAACUUGAUAAAAUAACAUUUACACUAAGUCACGUAAAGAUCUCAGAGGAGUAUAGGACUCAAUGUGCAUUUUGGAACUACUCGCCUGACACCAUGAUGGGCAGCUGGUCUUCGGACGGCUGCGAGCUGACAUAUUCAAAUGACACCCAUACUUCGUGCCGCUGCAAUCACCUGACACAUUUUGCAAUCUUGAUGUCUUCUGGCACUUCCAUUGGAAUUAAAGAUUACAAUAUCCUAACGAGGAUCACUCAGCUCGGAAUAAUUAUCUCACUGAUUUGUCUCGCCAUAUGCAUUUUCACCUUCUGGUUUUUCAGUGAAAUUCAAAGCACCAGGACAACAAUUCACAAAAACCUCUGCUGCAGCCUUUUCCUCGCUGAGCUGGUAUUCCUUGUUGGGAUUAAUAUAAGCACAAAUAAGCUCUUCUGCUCCAUCAUAGCUGGCCUGCUGCAUUAUUUCUUUUUAGCUGCCUUCGCUUGGAUGUGCAUUGAAGGCAUACACCUGUAUCUCAUUGUUGUGGGGGUCAUCUACAACAAAGGAUUUUUGCACAAGAAUUUUUACAUCUUUGGCUAUCUCAGCCCAGCUGUGGUUGUUGGAUUCUCAGCAUCCUUAGGCUACAGAUAUUACGGCACUACCAAAAUAUGCUGGCUGAGCACUGAAAACAACUUCAUUUGGAGCUUUAUAGGACCCGCCUGUCUCAUCAUUCUUGUUAAUCUCUUGGCUUUUGGAGUUAUCAUAUACAAAGUUUUUCGUCACACUGCUGGAUUGAAGCCGGAAGUUAGUUGCUACGAAAACAUAAGGUCUUGUGCUAGGGGGGCCCUCGCUCUCCUCUUCCUUCUGGGUACCACCUGGAUCUUCGGGGUUCUACACGUGGUGCAUGCUUCCGUGGUGACAGCAUACCUUUUCACAGUCAGCAAUGCCUUCCAAGGGAUGUUCAUUUUCCUAUUCCUGUGUGUUUUGUCCAGAAAGAUUCAGGAAGAAUAUUAUAGAUUGUUCAAAAAUGUUCCCUGUUGUUUUGGAUGUUUAAGGUAAACACAAAGAACUCCAAAUAAUUAUAGCUGCAAAGAAGUGAAAAGUCCAAGCUGCAAAUGACCCCUGUGUGAAAAAGAAUCAAGCUUCUUAUUCAGUUAAUAAUUACUAAAUAAUUGAGUAUUUCAAACCAGUAUUUCUGUCCACAGUAAGAGAUGGAGUUAAUGGGAGGUAAAAUUCUGUACCACAAAACUACAGUAUGUUUUCCUGUACGGCAUAGUUAGUUAUGUCAAAAAAUAGUGCUGCAGAUAUUUGGAAAGUAAUUGCCUUCUCAGGAGUGUGAUAUCACUGAGCCUAAGGAAAGAUUUUCUUUCUAACACAAGAAAUAUAUGAAUGUCCUGAAGGUAGCCACUGGCUGGAUAUUUUUGUGACUCAUGUUGCCUUUGAAACCAGUCUCCCACAACCUAAAGUAAUGAGCUCUGUUACAGAAAGUGGGUCAUCAGAAAACUGAAGGGGCAGGCCGUAAAACAGUGAAGGGGAACUGAUCUUCUAGCAAGGGGUUCUUUGAAUAAACUUGUUUUUCUGUAAACUUGAUUAGAAAUAUUUGAAACAAAAUAAGGAAUUAAUGUAUCCUACUAUGUUGUGAAUCGUUCUGAACAUAGAUUUCUAUUUAAAAACCAAGAUCCAAAUUUGCUCUAUCCGUUUUCUUUUCUAAUAUUCUAAAAAAAGUAACUCCACAAAUGAGAAAUACAAGGAUAGCAUUUUUAAGCUAAGUUAGAUUCAGGUAUAUGAUAUUUCUAUUUCUACACUUAUAAAUUGUGAUUCAAAUACAUAGUAAAAUACAAAUGUGCCAAAAUAUAAUACUGUUUAUGCCUUCACUGUAAAAAUAGUGUGUAUGGAAUUGAAAUAUUUUGCUCUACAACCUUUCAGCAUAAGGAAAAUUAUCCUACAUUAGAGCAGUAUACUUGAAUACUUUAUUGUUUUUACUUUUAGAAACAGUAUAGUUCAUGAUGCAAUGGUUCCUUUUAAUUUGCUAUUUUUAAAAGGACAUUGUAAAUAUGAAAUUAUUCAUGACAUGGACUGCUAUUUUUAUGUUCAUAAAAGUGCACAUUUAGAAUGUAAUUUAUAACAUAGAAAUCUUUGAGUGCUGUCAGCAUUUUCACAGUGGAUCUAUUUUCUGACAGCUCUCUACUUAAUCUA